AUGGUUGAUGUUUAGACCGAUGACGAAGAGUAUGCUCGGCCAAUAGAGCUAUCUUUUUCAACAAACUCACCAGACAUGUUUGCCGAGUCAGGCGUGGGGUCGGAUAUUUCUUCGGGAAUAAUUGACCUCUGCGAUGACUCGGAUGAUGAUGAUGUGGCCGAGAGGCAGCCCAUUUACUUGGAAGAUCAGGGCGUUUUAGAAAAAGUAUUUGCCGAAGAAUGGGAUUAUGUUCCCAGCAUAUCAACAAUCCAACCAAAUGAUGAGCAGGCAACCAUCGAUGCGAUAUUUGAUCAAGAAGACCCGUUUGCCGUUACUACUGCUGAUGCUGCUGCUGCUGACGCUGAUGGUGCUGCUGCUACUGGUAAUAUAUCGCCCAGCCCUCCGAGUCCAGAUUUUGACCCCAGCCAAGCCAGGGGCCUGGAUGAUGAAGUUGUGCAGUUGGAGCAGCAAAUUGAACAAGCUGUUUCAUCGGACGAGGCGCAACAAACAGCAGCUCAGCCCAGGCUAAUAAAUAGAAAAAACCCGUCGGCUAGGAGUUUAUUAACUUGGCCGCUUAACGGAUUAUACUCAAACAAUUUGUCGUGGAGCACCAGGCAAAAAGCUGAUGUUGAUUCCGUUUUCACUGCCUCUUGUGCUAAUUUAACGUCAAAUAGGAAAAUGGGUGCUUCUGACUUGAACAAGGCCUUUGACAGCAAAGGCGAAUUUUCAGAUCUGUCACCCGA